GUACAAAUAUGGAACAGAUUUACAGUCUUUGUUCAGUUGGUUUGAAGAGUGGCAGAGAUGUUGGGAGACAAAGAGCUUGAUUUUGACAAUUACUCUGGGCCACCAACUCGGAGUGACAAUAGUUCCCCAACUUGGAGACACAACGGAGUCUGUUCUGGGAGACGGGUGAAGGUGGCAGUGUUGACUGUGGCUGUGCUCGUGUCUGUGGCUCUGAUCAUCACUGUUGCCGUCCUUUUCUUUCCGAGACGUUCAUUGAGACUUCACUGUGACUUGGGCUGGGAGCUGAAUGGACCCAACUGUUAUUAUUUUUCCACACUGAAGUUAUCAUGGAGCCAAAGCAGAUGGCAAUGUCAAAAAGCUUCUGGAGACCUGGUGAAGAUCGAGAGCCGAGAGGAGCAGAGGUUCCUGUUUGGUAAAGUGAGACAUCUGAUGUCAGAGGAUGAAGAGAAGUUCUGGAUCGGACUGACAGACUCUGAGACUGAGGGAGAGUGGAAGUGGGUCGAUGGUUCUGCUCUGGACCCAAGUUUGUCUUUUUGGCAUAAACAUGGGAACAAUAUUCAGCCAGACGACUGGAACUAUUCGAUAUCGAAAUUGUUUUAUCCAGAUGGAGAAGACUGUGGACGGAUCGGGAAGAAAGCAGACAUUGAGUUUGAGGAGAAUUGUUGGUUUGAUCAGCACUGUGGAACAUCCAACAGAUUCAUCUGCGAGAAAACAGCAUCUCCAGAAAGUCCAUAGAAAUGACACAGGAAGUAUACAAAUAUAUCUUUAAAGACGCACCAUGUAACUUUUCUGUUGAUGCUAUUUCCUGAUCUAUAUUAUAAAGUCAUUUCCUCAUCACAAACA